CAGAUGUCAGGAGGUAUCACAACAAAAAUGGCGUUGUUCACGAAAACAUCAAUUUGACAGCUGACUCAGCUGACUUCUUUCUGCUGAUUCUUCUGACAUUUGUAUAAAAAUUAAAAUAUAAAAAGAAGAAAAAUAAUUGUUUAAAAAUGUCGAGCAUCACAAUAUCAGCCAUAAGACCGCGGACUAGUAUCCUCGACAAGUCGUUGAGCAAAGGUAAGGGAGAAGUUAGCCUGAGCUGUUUCGCCCUCUUGUUUUCCGAACUCGUGCAGUACUGUCAAAACAGAGUCUACACCGUUCCAGAGUUGCAGAAUAAAUUGGCUGAGAUGGGAGCUGAGGUCGGACACAGGAUAACAGACUUGCUCGUGAUGCGAGAAAAGAAUGGUAAACGCGAGAUAAAAUUGCUCAACGUAUUGUUGUUCGUCAAGAGCACAAUGUGGAAAUCUCUGUUUGGCCGGGAAGCUGAUAAGCUGGAACACGCCAACGAUGACGAGCGAACGUAUUACAUCAUCGAGAAGGAGUCCUUGGUAAACAAAUUUGUAUCGGUGCCCAAGGAUAAGGGAAGCUUGAACUGCGCCUCCUUCGUCGCUGGAAUCGUGGAGGCUGUACUCUGCGAUUGUGGCUUUCCUGCAAAAGUAACUGCUCACUGGCACAAGGGAACCACAUAUAUGGUCAAGUUUGAUGAUGCUGUUGUCGCGCGUGAUAAACAACUUGAAGAUCGGUAAUAGAAAAAAAAAGUUAUAAGAAUUCCAGAGAAAAUAUAAAUAAUAUAUUUGUAUAAAGCUUAUCUUAAUUAUUAAGAUAAAUCGAAAAGAACCUCAGUUACAAAGUUACUUUACAUAUAUGCGGUUUAUAUUGUUAAGACUGGU